UCGAAGCCUGGUUCACAGGCGUUUCUUUUGUUUCAAUUCCUUUGGGAUCCCUGUGUUAUAAAGGAGAAGAGAUCGUUUGCAGAACUUUUAAAGUGUGGGAUCAAUCGUAUGGGAAAACGAAAAGGCGUUCUAUAAAGUGCUUUUUUAAAAUAAUUUUCUUCAAAAUAGAAUUAGUUUUCCAAAGUUUCAAUUGUUUCAGGUGAAGGUUAAGUCAUUGAGAACAUUUUUUCGCUUCACUUUAGCGGUUUUUGUUAACAGUUGUACCCUGAAAUACGUCACAACUAAAAAUUAUGCAGGAAAUAAUCACGUGACUGUUACUGAGCGGCAAAAAAUAUCGGACUUCCUUUAUUCAAAGAACUUUUUCUGUUACUGAGCGGCAAAAAAUAUCGGACUUCCUUUAUUCAAAGAACUUUUUUUGGAUAACUUAUGUCAUAUCCAAACCUUUUUUCAAAAUACUUUUUUUCCCCUCAUAAGAUGCUUUCGAUCUUACAAAGUAUUUGUUUGCGAAACAGCAGAGACUUCUCCAAGGGACCUUUGGCUGAAUCGAUUCUUUAUCGAAGCGAUAUUUAAAUAAGUUUUAUUAUUAGCAAGUUAUUGUUACUGAGAUGAGUCGCUCGCUUUUCUCUAAAUAUUAAGACCAGAAUGCCUGGCGUGCUUCAAAAGAUCUGCGCGCGCGUCAAUGACAUCAUAAUACAAUUUAAAUUGACGUCAUAACCAAUCAAAAAUUAGAUUGUUUCAAGUAGUUGAAUUGAAAACACGCGUUUGAUUAUCAAGUGAUUUUUAUUGUUCAAAAUGUGCGGAACAUUUCAGUCUAAAUUUAAGCGCAAUAACAAAGUAGCGCCUGUACCAUGUCCUUUCGAACUAGAGGUCCUCAGAAGAGCCAAAAUCCAAAUCGAGAAAGAAAAAGCUCUCCUCCAGAAAGAAAUCGCCAUACAAACCGGAUCAAGUCUCGUGUUCUUGGAUACCGAGACCAGAACAUGUGAAACGCCAGCGUGCGUUGCAUACGAUCUAAAUUUGGAUGGCAAUAUUGUGCAGAAGGGUCUGAAAGCAACCUGUCCACGAAGACUGGCGAGGGACCCGAAGUUGCCCGUCCUAACAAGAGAGAUGCUGCUUGAGAAGCAGGCACAGGCAGAAGAGAACAGAAACAUGCAACUGGAAACGAAAAGAAAAGCCGCCGCCUUAAAAUCUUUGCGUGCGACGGAAAAGAAAUUAGAAGAAGAAGAAGAAAAAUUGAAUAAGGUUGCAAAAAUAAACGAAAAGCUGGUCAAGGCCGACGAGAACAGACAAGCUCAGCUCGAAGGCGUUAAAACCAAAGCUAAAAAAUCCUCCAACAACACACGCAGCAAGAUAGCUGAAGCGCAGAACUUCGCCAAAGCACAGCAGACUUUGGUGCAGAGUGACAGAAAAUUGAAAGAAGCUCAAACCAAAAGAGAAAAAGCUGUUAGCAAGGUUGUCAGAAAACAGCGACAACGUGAAGCACAAGCCCAGAAAGUCCGACAAAGGGCAGCCAAGCAAAUGCAAGAGGAAGAAGACUGUGUUCGUGUGUUUGAUCUGGAAGUCGAUCAACACUUCUAUGCAUCGGACAGCGAGAGUGACAAAGAUGGCAUGUGGGAUGCUGCAUUCUGGGACAGGAAAGUCUAAAGAAAAGGAUUGGAAUGAAAUUAAUUCCGAGAAAAGAAAGUCCAGGAACUUUGAAGUCAAACUGCAAGAUUUUUACAUUUUGAAAUUAUUCAUAAAAUGAUUCAAAAUUUAUGUAAUUUUGAAAAAUUAAAAACUUAACUUUUUUUAAUCACUAAUAAUAACUGUAAUUCGAUAUUUUAAUAAAUAUAAAUUGGAGAUAUUCAUUUUCUUUUACUGUUAUUCAGUUCCGAAUAAUUUUUCCCCCGCACAAAAUCAAGCGCUUCCUUGGUAUAUAUUCUCGAUGGCUUUAUUGGAAAUACUCUCUUCAAGUUUUGGUUCCCUUGUUGCUUUUCUUGGUUAUUAUUAUGGUUUUCUGUGCGCAAAUCUAAUCGUUCUAAAAUCGCGUAAAAAUACAACCUGUUGUGCAUCAUUGAGGCGUUGGACGAAAGCAAGCUGAUCUGAAAUACUGACGCAGAAAUGACGUCGAUGCAAAAAUGAGCUGUCAUAGAUUUUGCGAAAAUUUCAAAGCCCAGCAUUACGACAAAAAUAUAAAACCCAUGAUUGUUGUGUCACUGUUAACAAGCUUUUUUAGCCUUGAAAUUCACUAUUUGAAAAGGAAAAAUGACUCGCAGUUUUACAAAUUUUCUCGAUUCAUAAUGCCUAACAUUUUUUCUCAGAUCAGCUGGAGAAAACUCCGCUCCGCUCGGAGAGAAUAUCUCACUCUACGCUUAUAAACAAGUUUCUUUUAGUCCAUCAUUACAUGGCUUCUGUUACUAGCUGGAAAAAUAUCCUCAACCCCUUUUUCUUCUUCUU